AUGAUCGACGACAAGUACAUUGGCAUCAUUAUAUCCAUCGCUGGCUCCGUGGGCAUCGGCGGCAGCUCCAUUCUCACUAAGCUCGGGCUCAUCCAGGCCGGGAACGCGGUGAACGGGUCGGCCACCGAUCAGCACGCGUAUUUCAAGAACCCGCUAUGGUGGACAGGCAUGGUCAUAAUGGUCCUUGGGGAGAUCCUUAACUUUGUUGCGUACACCUUCGCACCCCCAAUAUUGAUCACUCCCCUUGGUGCGCUCAGUGUAAUUAUCGGAGCCGUGCUUGCCUCCCUCGUCCUCAAGGAACGAUUAGGACAUCUCGGCCGCGUAGGAUGUGCACUCUGCCUGCUUGGGUCCCUCAUCAUCGUCCUCCACGCACCGCCAGACAAGGAUGUAGGAACUGUAGAUGAGAUUCUCCACUACGCUCUCCAGCCAGGCUUCCUCACGUACAGCCUGUUCGUGCUCGUCUUCGCCCUCGUCAUGAUAUAUGCCGUCGUCCCCAAGUACGGCCGCUCAAACCCGUCCGUCUAUAUCUCUAUCUGCUCCCUCGUCGGCUCCGUCAGCGUCAUGGCAAUCAAGGGCCUUGGCGUCGCCGUCAAGCUCACCUUCGAGGGCAACAACCAGUUCACCCGCCCCGCGACCUACGUUUUCGGCGUCCUCGUCGUCACCUGCAUCGUCGUCCAGACAAACUACUUCAACAAGGCGCUCGACGCCUUCCACACCAACGUCGUGAACCCGAUGUACUACGUCGGCUUCUCCACCGCGACGAUCAUCGCCUCCAUCAUCCUCUUCCAGGGCAUCAACACCGACGACCCCGCGAACUCGAUCUCGCUCCUCGCCGGGCUCGUCACCACCUUCCUCGGUGUCCACCUCCUCGAGCUCGCCCGCGCCCGCGCCGGCCCCACGGACCGCGCCCGCGACCGGAGCCGCAGCCGCGAGCGCCGCGGCGGCUACGCCCGCGCCCGCGAGGACGAGAUCGGGCUCGAGACCAUCUACGAGCCCGAGCCCGGCGCAGGCGGCAGCGGCGCCGGCGCCGGCGACGUCCAGAUCGCGGGCGAGGAGGACGACGACUACGAGGACCUCGCGGACGAGCGCACGCGCCUGCAGCGCGGCAGCCGGAGCCCAGACGGCGACGCGCGUCGGACUUGA